UUAAACGCCUGCACGAGGGUGUAUGUGUGCAUUGUUUUGUAUUUGUGCGCAUGUAGCAGCUCUCAUUUCCUAUCGGGUGUUCAAUUACCCAAUGGAAGCUUUGAAAGAAACUCUCUUGAGUCGGAGUGCAGCUGAGGUAACAGGGUAGAAGAAGAGGAAGAAGUGGAGGGCACUCCUGCGGAGUCGGGAGGUUACGGGGAGGACUGAAGCUGCCUGAAUGCCAGGCAGCAGGACCGAGGUCCACGCAGGACACCUUUCUGUAUUCCUGACACUCAAGGAGACGGACAGCGAUGGAGGUUCCUCUGGUUAACUUCGAAAACAUGGAUGAUGUGGGCAUCAACUUGGGCGACCCCAGCGACUCCGGCUACCCGACGUCACCCACAUCGGAGAUCCCGGAUCUUGAGCAAACGCCCCGCCGCCUGGCAUCCCCGCGUCCAUCCCCACGUCCAUCCCCUUGCUGGGGGCGGCGUGAGGGUGCGUCUUCUUCCACGCCAUCCAAAGCCACUUCCAGUAGCUGCAGCCUGAUCUCUAAUCUAAAGCUCCUGGUGAGUGGCGAGUCAUGUUCCGACGGCGUCUUCAGCAGGAUGCCGAGAGACUGCUAUGACAACGAGGACUUGUUUGAGAAGACCGGCGCAGAGGAACGAGACCAGAAAGUGAUUAUCAACGUUUCGGGCCUGAUGUUCGAGACCCAGCUGAGCACACUCAACCGCUUUCCCGAGACUUUACUGGGUGACCCCGCCAAACGAAUGCGCCACUUCGACCCUAUGAAAAACGAGUAUUUCUUUGACCGUAACCGGCCUUCCUUCGACGGUGUCCUGUACUUCUACCAGUCUGGUGGGAGGGUCCGCAGGCCAGCCAACGUCCCGUUAGAUGUCUUCGCCAGUGAGAUCGUUUUCUAUCAACUGGGCCACGAGGCCAUGGAGCAGUUUCGCGAAGACGAAGGGUUCAUCAAAGAGCCUGAGGUCCUAUUGCCCACCAACGAGCUCCAAAGACAGUUCUGGCUCCUGUUUGAAUACCCUGAGAGCUCCAGUGCCGCCAAAACUGUUGCUCUCGUCUCAGUUUUCGUCAUUGUCAUCUCCAUUUUUAUCUUUUGUCUGGAGACUUUACCAGAGUUUAGGGAAGAUGGCGAUUUCACUCCCGGUGUGGAUCAUGUUCUUAAUGGGACUAGAGACGGUUCAAGUCCUCACCCUACCACCAAAGCCAUCGUAGCCUACCUCACAGACCCUUUCUUUAUUAUAGAGACCAUUUGCAUUAUCUGGUUCUGCUUCGAGGCCGGUGUCCGGUUUGCCGUAUGUCCCAGUAAGAGUGAUUUCUUCAACAACAUCAUGAACAUCAUCGACAUUGUGUCCAUUAUUCCUUACUUCGUCACGCUGGGCACAGAGCUCGCGACCACCCCCGGCGAUGACACCAAUUCUAGCCAGAACAUGUCACUCGCCAUCCUGAGGAUAAUCCGCCUUGUGAGAGUAUUCCGCAUCUUCAAGCUAUCCCGCCACUCCAAGGGACUCCAGAUCCUGGGGCAGACCCUCAAGGCAAGCAUGCGAGAGCUGGGCUUGCUUAUCUUCUUCCUGUUCAUCGGCGUCAUCCUCUUCUCCAGCGCCAUCUUCUUCGCCGAAGUCGACGAGCCACAGACACAGUUUGUCAGCAUCCCGGAUGGAUUCUGGUGGGCAGUGGUUACCAUGACCACGGUGGGCUACGGAGACAUGUGCCCCAUCACCAUGGGCGGUAAGAUGGUGGGUACCCUGUGUGCCAUCGCAGGGGUGCUGACCAUCGCUCUGCCUGUGCCUGUCAUCGUGUCCAACUUCAACUAUUUCUACCACCGUGAGACGGAACAGGACGAGAAGCAGAUGAUCGAUGCCGCCACCGAAGCGCAGAAGAGCUCGGUGGCCGACAAAUACGACAGCGCAACGUCGCUCGACAAGAGCACCUGGAACGUCGAGAAAAAUGGCUUCCACUCCUAGAAUAACAAUUUCUUCAGCCAUUUUUGCAGCAUGAUGACUGUAUUUAGCUUUUACUCAAGUUGUCUUCUUUUGGACAAAGUGAAAUAAACACUACCCAGCACAAGAGGAACCCUUUUAACAAGUGCAAUUUCCUGCCAUCCAUCUUAAAUAGCACUGGGCUAUUUGUUUGGGUUUGGGUAAAGUACUGGCAAUUGAGCUCUCCCCCACCCCCUCUUCACACCAAAAAACAACCCCCCCACCCAAAAAAAGAAAAACAUGUUAAUCCAGAAUUGGUGAACAAUUUAGGCACCAACAUUUUUUAAAGAAAAACAUGUAAUAAUAUACGGUAAUCAGAUAAUUUCAUUCAUCCAGUACCCUGACAAUAAGUGAAAUCUGCAUGAUAGAAAUGCCCUCUUAAGCUACUUUCUAAGCAUGUUUGUACAGCGCAAUUUUUGAACGUCUUUAAACAGAUGUUUAAAGUUCUACAAAAACAUUUGAACAC